AUGCAGUGCGACGAGCUCUCAGCGAGAGAGGAGUUCACCUACAGCCACAUGCCCACGCUGGAGAGGGGCAGCGGGUCGCUGGGAAGGCGAGUGGACAGACGAAUAGAGAGGGGGGAGCGGUUCAGGUCGGAGCGGGACAGCUACACAGUGGACGUCCGAGCCAGCGACCUGCAGCUGGCUCAGCCAGAGCCUCUGAGGCACCCCUGCUUUAGCUGCAGGGCCUGGCUCUACAGCGUCCUCAUAGGGGGCAGUCUGCUCAUCACCUCUGGUUUCUCUCUGUACCUGGGGAACGUGUUUCCUGUUGCCAUGGAUUAUCUGCGCUGUGCUGCAGGCUCAGGCUUCCCUGCAGCAUUGGCCAGUUUUGCCAUCGCCAAGAACAGACAUGUUGCAGUGUCAGAUUUCCAGGUGCUCUACGUGUCCACGUUUGCGGUGACGACCACCUGCCUGGUUUGGUUUGGAUGUAAACUGGUCCUGAACCCGUCUGCUGUCAACAUCAACUUUAACCUCAUCCUGAUGAUUCUGCUGGAAGUGUUGAUGGCGAGUACUGUCAUCCUGUCAGCACGCUCUGCAGAGGACUGCUGCUGCCACAGGAAGCCGGCGACAUACGACAGACCCAUGGUGAUCAAACCUGCAGUGUUCCCCACUAGACUCCUGAAAGCGUACUCAGUGAUCGAAGUCAUUGUUGGAAUAUCGGCUGUCUUUGGAGGAAUCAUCGCGCUCAACAUGGACGCUCUGCUGCCCGGCCCCUACCUGUCCGUCACAUUCUUCUGGAUUCUUGUGGCUUGCUUCCCCAGUGCCAUCGCCAGCCAUGUGGUAUCAGAAUAUCCAAACAAAUUUCUGGUGGAGGUUCUUAUUGCCAUCAGCAGCGUGACGUCUCCGCUGCUCUUUUCAGCCUCUGGCUUCCUCUCUUGCAGUGUGAUCAGCUUUAUUGAAAUUUUCCUGCAUGAAGUGCCCACAGCCAAGCAGUCCUACGACAUCCUGCUGCUGAUUCUGAUGGUGCUGCUGCUGGUGCAGGCAGUUCUAACUUCAGCCACCGUGGUGCACUGUGCCUCGUACAAGAGUCUGCUCCGCAUGGGGGCUCCAGAGAGUGAGGACUACAUGCAGACACACUACUGUGAGCAGCAGGCGGCCAAUGGAGCGCUGCAGGACUUUGACAAAGACAGAGCCUGGAAGGCAGUUGUGGUCCAAAUGGCCCAAUGAACACUCAUACAGUGCAGAGCUAAGUUUGAUGAGAAGGGGAGAAGGAGAAAAGGAUGGUUAUUAAAAACUCAGUGAGCUGCAAUAAAACCAGAACAAUCCUGACACAGAACAAGAAAACAAAACACUUAAUAUGUAAUCUACUGAAGCCCUAAGUGGAUUCGUAUCUGCAGUUUUAAAGCACAAAACAAACAUGUUAACACAAGUGUUGUUGUUACUUUUCACUCAAUACAUUCCUCAUUGAAAUGCCAAGCGCCUAUGUAUAAUAGCGAGCAAACUUGCGCUAUCAAUAAUGCAAAUGGGUGUUGGUCCUAACAUGAGGUUCCAUCAGGUACAAAUGUGGUGAGUUGGUAUCUUGAGAAAGCAGAAAGCGUCUGCCCCUUAGACCUAAAAAAAAAACCCAUGAUGUGGUUUCCUUAUGUUUGGACAGUAAGAUGAGCAUGAUUGAGUUCAACACGUACAGUCUUCUGCUUGUUACACAUACAGAGAUGUGCAGUCAUGCUCCCACUCAUAAUGAAAAUAUCUGUGUUUCUUCUGAUACAAUGACAUUGCGUAUGGAGUAUUGUCCCUCCCCUGUCUCCCUAUAACAUAGUCUCUGUACAGGACACCCUCAUCGCUAUCUCCUCACACACCUGCUUCACCUCAGCCCUGCACAGUCCAAAAUCUGCAGCCUGAGACGCCACAAGAUCUCCAUCAUGUAUGCCCUCUUGAAUACAUGCAGACACAGACGCUCAUAGACACUAAACGGAUUGAUGGGGUCCUCCACUAGAAAGUUUGGAACAUCUAACACUGUAUUCCUUGCAUUCUAGUGAAUGUCUUUGCAACAAUUUGUGAUGGGAAUUUAUUUUUGUAAAAGAAAAGAAAAGUAAUUCAUAAAUAAUUAAUGAAAAAAAAAGCACUUUCUGCAUGCAGCUCACAACUAAGCUUCAUCUAAUCCGUCAUUAUUAGGUUUGAUCUGUUGUUAGGGCAUUCAGGGGGCAUUUUUGCUGCGUUUUUUCACACAAAGGGGUACCAGCGGGGGAGACUCCCCCUUCUGAGUACACCACUGGAUUUUGUAGCUGACAUGAAAGCAGGGAAGUUUGCAUAGUUUCAAAUGCUCAGGUGGUGACAGAAAAGCUGUCUGAGCAAAAAAAUGUAUGAAACUUCAUGAACUGCUCUGAUGGAUCUGCUGCAGCUCUGAAGUAUUUGUAUAUUUUCAGUAAGGCUGAGGAGAAAGUCAGAUUAAGCAUCCAAACACAAGCUUAACAUAAUGAAAAUGAAUAGAGCUUUUAAACAGAAAAUCGUACUGAAGAUACAUUAUUGAUACCUUAUUUGUUUUUUUGUCCAGGAUUUCAAGGCCUAAUCUCUAAAGAUUGGAUAGUGACAUGCAUUGUUGUGUCAGGAUACAGCAAUAAAUCAGUUAAGGAAACAUAAUAAAUAUAGUAUUACUGUGUUAUAACAGAGCGGAUAAAAUGUGUGGAUGCAUGUCCACUUAGGGCUUUGUAGUAUGUUGAUGUAGAAGAAAGGGUAUUAAGGAAAAGGGAGGGGAGAGAAGGAAGGAAAUCUGAGAAAAAAAAUAUUUUAUUUUAGUUUUCUAAGAAGAUAUUGCUUAAAUAAUGCGUCAUGCACUUUUCUCUGACAUCUGUUGUCUUUUUUUUUUAUCCUUGUUGCCCAUUUGCAGUAGAAUAAUGUGGUAUAAUUUGUUUUUUUUAUAUUCAGUGUUUAAGUACUGUAUCAGUCAUAUGAAUCAGUCUGUACAGUAAAAUAAGGUCAGAGCAACUGAAACCAUGUGUUUUGAUAUCUGAAAUGUUUAACUCUGCUAUUCAUAGAUUAUGCCCAAACCCGAGUUCUUUCCGGUUUAAUGGAUGAUGCACUUUCAUCUGUAUCAUUACGUUUGUGCAGAUGUAUGAAACGAUGCUGCAAAAACCCAUCCAGAAGUUUUACCUCACUGAAUGUUAUUGUGCAGUUUUUUAAAAUGUAUGCAUCCCUUCAGAUACGAUUUAUAAAACAAGAAUGUGAAAAUAUCCCAGACAACAAAUGAAUCAUGUUUCAAUCAAUGUUUAACUUCUGCAGACUUUUCCCCCCAUAUCUCUAACAGUGACUUCCUCUAACUCUUGUACCUGUCAGUGUGUGCAGUAGUGGGACUCUGUGAACUUUAAUGCAGUUACAGUAGAACUGAUCCACCUUUGUAGAUACAGUAUGAAGAGUUUGUUGUGUGUAUGUUUGUUACCUUCUGUAAUUAAAGAUGUUUGUUUAUAAUGUU